CAUGGCGCAGCCGGGACGAGUGUGCUCUCUCAUUGUUUAUUUUUAGCAAGUUUUUAGUAAAUAAAUAAGAAAAAAAAAAAACUUCUGGACGUAUAAACAAGCUGAGGUUUUUUUUGAAUUUGCAGGGAUGAUGUCAAUCUUUGGACGAUUAAGCCUUAUGGCUAUGCGCCCAAGCACAAUAGCAACAAGGUUAUAUUCAGGGCAUGACCAGCACGUGUUUUCCAUGGUUCAACAGAUUAUGAAAACGUUGACAACCACCAAAGGAUUUGACAGGAUAGCUUCAAAUAUGGAGGUGGUCUCUGUUGAGCCUGGCAAGGUGAAGGUACAGUUCAAGGUGGAGGAGGAGCAUCUCAAUGGCCACGGCACCCUGCAUGGUGGCUACACCAGCUUCCUGACAGAUCUGAUCUCAACACUGGCACUGAUGACCACUGGCAAUGGAAACCCUGGUGUCUCCACUGACCUCAGUGUGGCGUAUAUGCGAUCUGCCAAGCUAAAUGAAAUCAUCACCAUCGACGCCGACACGCUGAAGACGGGCAAGCUGCUAACCUUCAGCACCGUCGACUUCAGGAACGAGGCCGGAAAACUGAUAGCUCAGGGAAAGCACACCAAGUUUGUUGGCGGCGGCGCAUCAUCGUGAUACUAGCUAAGCUGCUGUGUGAUGAGGCGCCAUGUUAACAUGACUGGGAUUUAGCGAACGACGGGGCGGUGCUGAGGUGUGUACGAAAGCUGAGAGCCGAUGUGGCACCGUGCCAGUCACUCAGGCGUAGGAUUUUACUAUCCUGUAUGGAAUAUGUCAAACCGACUCGGUGGGUAAUGCAAUGUGCGCGGCUGAUCCGGACUUUCUGACGGCAGUACUGUCAGUCGUCACCUUCUCCCUAGGCGGACUGUUCAACACAGAAUCACUUCUAGACGCAGUGAUUCGGUCGGUGCAGAGACGGAGCAAAGCGAGAAAGAAUUAAUCGAGGGUCUGUGGGGUUAACACCUCAGAAAACAAUGCAAGUGUGGUUGAUGCAAUGAACGUUGGAUGAAUCUAUUUUGCGAAUGCUUAGUUUGCAAGUGGGUAUGAAAUAAACUUAAUCCACGAUAA